CUUUCGAGCAGCGGCCACGGCAAGAAGGCCAAGAAGCGAGUGCAUCGGUUGGAAUAGAAAAAUAGAAAACUCCUGUCAACUAUUUUGUGUCAUAAUCUUUAAAGGAAGAAGACUUGCAGCAAUUCGUUAAAUUCCGGUCACACGAUUUUAUAUGGUCCUCAUCCACAAUCCAGUCAUUGCUGCUUUGAAACUUGCGAAAAUGCGCUUCAGCGGCUUCAUCGAAGAGAUUCCAGGAUUAUCAGUCGACUCGUUCCGGAGUAAGAACUUCAAGAAGUCAACAACGUUUUUCCUCACCCAUUGCCACACAGAUCAUACGAAGAACCUGAUCAAAGGGUUUUUGAAUCAUAUCGAUGACGAUGAACAUGAUCUGCGCCUUUACUGCAGCAGCGAAAGCGCUACAAUCCUGAAAAAUAUGUAUCCAGCGUAUACAGACAUGCUUGAUGAUAUUAUUUGGACGUUGCCUUUCAACAAAAAUCGCUUUAUUUCAAUCAACGGCAUGAGCGUCGGCGUCACUGCCAUCCGAGCAAACCACUGCGUCGGUUCUUGCAUGUUCCUCUUCAGGACCAACGAAUCUACUGUUCUCUACACAGGAGAUUUCCGUUUCCACCGGUUCGAAUUAGAGGAGAUAAAAGCUCUGCACUGCGAUGGCUGGCCAAUUGAACUGGACAACGUUUACUUGGACACCACCUUCUUGAAGCAAAAAACUUAUAGAUUUCCCACAAGAAAGAGGUCUAUCUACUUGCUCUUGAAUGAAAUCGACGAUUUCCUUAAAUCCACUGCAGGAGAAGGAAUUGUGCACAUCAGCAGGCCAGGACACAUUGGUUCCGAGAUCAUUAUCCAAUCGUUGGCCAGGAAAUACAACUGCCUGAUCCACGUUGAGGACAAGUGUUACAAUCUGUACCGAGGUGUUGAGCCGGUUUUCUCUUGCGUGACAAACAAUCCAAAUAAAACAUUCAUCCAUAUGUGCAAACCGGGAAAACCUGGCACCAAUGACGACAUUUGCGACAGCCCUGACGCUUUGGAAAUUUGUCUGGAGGCCCAGUGGUAUGCCAAUCAGAAAAAUACAAGUUUUGUGCAGUGGGAAGAUGACGACAUGGGAGUUAAAAUUGCGCACUCUAUGCACUCGUCGAGGAAGGAGCUGGAAGCCUUCAUAGACUACUUCAAACCGACUAAAGCUGUGGCUCUAUCUAUUCCUAAAAGAUACAGUCGGGAAAAGAUUCAGAGGCACCUGGAUACCUUGGUAUCUGAGGCAUGCGACAACUAACCGGAAAGAAAUAGGAUAGCCCGCGUAUUCAUGAAGAUUAUUGAAAAGUUUAACUAUUUUUCAGCCUAAUAUCCUUAGGGUAUUUUGAAGGAUAUAUCUAAUUUCAUGGUGGUUGACUUUGUUAUGGAAAUACGGAUGAAAGUAUUUGUCAAGGCGAGCAUUUUUAAGUUUAAAGGCCAAAAAUUAGGGAAAUUUGGUAGUUUUUUUCUAUAGCAAGUAUGUCAUUUGAGAAAUUUAGCUUUAGUUUUCACUACAAUGUGCAAGAAUAAAAACGGUGUGCGAAUUUUGAGUAAAAGUUUCUUAAACUGUAGAAACGUAAUUUUACAGCAAGGGGCUUGACUUUUAAGCCAAUUUUCUCUAAAACUUAAACGACAACCAGGAAAAUUUAUAGCUUUUUCCUCUUUUUUAGAAAAUAUUUUAAUUAAAUGCAAGAAAAGGAUUUUUCUGUAAAGCUUUACUUUAAAAUUUUCUAGAUUCAUUGAUUCUAGUUCAUGAAUUUUAAAUAAACAUAACAUUUAGUUUUAAAAUUAUGAAUAGUUAUUUUAGCUUUUAUCUUAAAAUAUUUCAAUAUUUAGCUAAAAUGAACGCAAGUUUAAAACAAAUUUCCAAUAGAAAUGUAGUGGUUGCGGAGCCGAGCUCCCACUCCUUUUUCAUUUUUAGUCUAGGGUAUUGUUAUUCAUGAUUGUUAGAAAUUCGUUAAUGCAACAGUGAGAGAGAUUUUUAAUUUAAAUUAGUUUUCGCCGGACACGAGCCAACAAGUCGCAUUUUAAGAGUUCCGAGCGUUUAAUUGUGAAGGACCCGGCUCAAUCGGGUAAAUUCUUUUCUAAUUUUAAAUUGUUCUUCAAGACGAAUCUCUUAAAAUUGUCAAUUCUAAAGUCGUUUAUCAAUUUUGUUUAAAGGUCCUUGUAUUCUGUUAGACUAAGUCGCCAAGUGACUGACGUUUAUAAAGAGAAGAAUUCGUUGAAAAUCCCGCAAGGUUUAAUUUCCACCUACUACCCCCCAAAGAAAUAACGUUUCCAAUAACGAAAUAACGCCUUCCAUAAAUUUAAGAUUUUUCGUGCUUUACUACUAAGAAGUAAUGUCGUUUGUAAUUUUAUUUUAUGUAAAUCAUCCGUAGUUCUUACAAAUGUUCCACCCCAGCAGAGAAGGCCAUUGCCGUUGGUGCCUGUUGCUUCGUCAUCCUUUGGUUUCCAGCCUCUCUUUUGGCCACCGCAGAUGUAACAAAUUUUAAGUUUCUUCACCUUUGGAUUCUGUAUCUAAAAGUGUGUAUGAAAGGCGUGAGACAACAGCCAUGUAUUAACUAAUUCGUAUGAAAUGUGGACAUA